CUGCCAAGCAGUAUUUUGAGGUAAUUAUUGCUUGUCUGGGUUUCUGAAUAAUCAGCAAUAUAUAGUACAUUUGUACCUGCAGGCCUUAAUGACGUACUAGUGCGUUUAUUUGGUCUUGUCUAAUUCCUUCAACUUUUCUACCUAGCAAGAUAUGCUCACGUACGUAGUGAUUUUUCUUGUGAUUUCCCCGGGUGAUACAUACACCAUUUAAUUAAUUUGCACCAUAGCCAAGUUAUCGUACUUAGUAGGAGCCUUGCAUUAGCAUAUCAUCAUCUCUCUGCUAGCUGCAGACACAACACCGCCAAGCUGAGGACGGGCAGAAUAAUGGAGGAGGACUCGAGCCUGUUUAUGCAGUGGGCGAUGGACACGCUGCGGCACGCCGCCAUCAGCAGCAACGACGGCAGCGAGGCGACGACCUUCCCCUCGCUCCAAGCGCUCCGGGAGGCCUCGCACGCCGCCGAAAUGGUCCAGGAGCUCAUCUCGGCAGCGCCGGCGAGCAGCUGGAGCUCCGGCGACACCACCGACGGCGACCCGCCCGGCGCCGCCAUGGAUCACGAUGCCUGGCCGCCGACGCCCAACUCCGCCAGGCGCGCAACGACACCGACCAGAAGCAGCAGCGGCACCAACAACCUUCCGGUGAGCUGGAACUUCGGCGCCGCCUCGGCGCUGCCAGGAAGCGACGGCGUGCUGGCGGCGGAGGCCGCCCCCACGCACCGCCUCCCGGACAUAGUGUCCUGGUCGUCGCCACCGACGAGGAGAGCCGCAGGUGCAAAGGGCGCGGGAUCCAUGUCGACGACGCCGUACGCUCAAGACCACAUCAUCGCGGAGCGGAAGCGGCGGGAGAAGAUCAACCAACGCUUCAUCGAGCUCUCCACCGUCAUCCCCGGCCUCAAGAAGAUGGACAAGGCCACGAUCCUUUCUGACGCGACCAAGUACGUCAAGGAGCUCCAAGAAAAGCUGAGGGACCUGGAGGCUGGCGGCAGCAACGGCAGGAGCAUCGUCGAGACCGUGGUGCUCGUCAAGAGGCCAUGCCGCCAUGAUGCUGCGGCCAAGCCGGAAGAAGAUGGCUCCCCGUUGUCAGCGUCAUCAGCCGCGCCUGCGGCUGCGGCGAGGAAACAGCUGCCGGAGAUCGAGGCCCGGUUCUCGGAUAAGAGCGUGAUGGUGAGGAUUGACUGCGAGGACGGCAAGGGGGUGGCCGUGAAGGUGCUCGCCGAGCUCGAGGAGCUCCCCCUCAGUAUCACCCACGCCAAUGUCAUGCCGUUCCCGGCGGGCACUCUGAUCAUAACCAUCACAGCAAAGGUGGAGGAGGGGUUCACCCUAAAUGCAGAGGACAUAGUUGGCAGACUCAAUUCUGCAUUACUGCACCAGCAUAAUAGCAGCUGUAACAGCACUGAUGAGGAAACAGGAAACUAGUAAAGUCCGAUGGCAUCAAUAAUGCUUGAGUGUGUUUUUUUUUGUUUGUUCUUCUUCCUUUGCCACGACAUCCCUUCAAGUAGCGUGCAUGCAACAAACCAUGCACAUUGUUUACUGGUGAUGACCAUGAGCAUGCACCACUAGUGGAUGCUCGAGACGAGAAUUUCUGCACUACAUGUUUCAUGGUUGCAACGAGCCAGGUAUAUGUAUGCAUCAACAUCAUGCAGGCAGGUGUCAUUGUCACGAAAAAGUCCUAAAAAAAGAUCAAAUCAGAUGGCCGUCUCCAGUGGAGUAAAGCGUGCAUGCAUGUACCAGCAUGCAAGUGGUCUGCAAGCAAGUUGUCAAGUUGAUUUGAACCAAGCUAAGCUAAACUCAAUGCUUGUAAAAAUAUAUGUAGCCAUGUGCUACUACCUCUGUUCAUGAUUC